GAGAGAUGGAUAGGGAAAUGCUGUAUUGUUUUGGUUUGAUGUUUGGAAUUCUGGGAGUGAUUAAUAGUAAUGGAGUGAAUGCAAUUGGUGGAAGGAAAGGUGAUCCUGUCAAGUUUGAUGAGAACUAUGAAAUUAGAUGGGGACAACGCAAUGUUUUGUCGCUAAAUCAAGACAGACAAAUUCAGCUUUCCAUGGAUAAUUCUUCUGGGUCUGGAUUUGGUUCGAAGGUAAGCUACGGCUCAGGAUUUUUUCAUUUGAGGAUAAAGGUACCAGGCAGGGAUUCUGCAGGCGUGGUAACUGCUUUCUAUGUUUCUUCGAGAAGCGAUCAUCAUGAUGAGCUAGACCUGGAGUUCCUAGGCAACAGUGAAGGGAAGCCAUACAGUUUACAGACGAAUGUGUAUGUUAAUGGUGUUGGAAACAGAGAGCAAAGGAUUGUUCUCUGGUUUGAUCCCUCUGCUGCCUUCCAUACUUACAGAAUCCUCUGGAAUCAACACCAAGUUGUGUUUUACGUGGACAACACCCCGAUCAGAGUUUUCAAGAACAACGAAAAUAUCGGGGUGGGUUAUCCUGGGCAACCGAAGCUGGUAGAAGCAAGCAUUUGGAACGGAGAAGAUUGGGCAACAGACGGAGGGAAAACGAAGAUAAACUGGAGCUACGCACCCUUCCAAGCUAAUUUCAGAGCAUUUGACGUCAGCGGUUGCCCCUACGACGCAAAGACGUCGUCGUGUUAUUCUUCUGGUUACUGGUGGAACAGAGAGCAGUACUGGAAAUUAGAUGCUAAUCAACAGAAAGCAUAUGAAGAUGUCAGGAAAAAUUAUACCACCUACGAUUACUGUUCUGAUACCAAUAGAUUCCCUGUUCAACCUAAAGAAUGUCCCUUCAAUGCCUAACCCCAUACAUAUAUACAUUAUAAACUAAUAAUUGAAAUAUACAUCUAUAUCUGAACAUAUAUUUGUAAGUAAAUUUCUUUCUUCUUCUUCUCUCU